CAGCAGACUCGUUAGGAUGGCGGAGGAGCGGCCGUCUCUGUCCGUGUACAAGUUAUAGAUGAAACUUGGACCUGUGGCGAGUAAAAGUGACUCCGAAUCGAUCGCCAGCUUCCUUGUCAAAGUCAUGCGCCUGUUGAUCCGUCUCUUAGCUGCGCUGAUUUUAUGCGGGAAUAAUGGGAAAGCUUCAGGAGAGUUCACUCCGACCGGACAGCCCCUGCAUAUCAAUGACGGCAACUUUUCAAACCGGGAUCACAUGAGACAAGAGCCCUUUCAGCACCACCAACAAGUGCUCGAUGCUGUGUCAGACUCUGCUUUUAACCUCAAGGUCCAGGUGAACAAUGUGCUGAGUCGCCAGUACCUGAGCCAGGCGGUGGUGGAGGUCUACAUCAACUACACCAGGAUCAGCACAGCUCUCACUGUAGAGGAUGGCAGUGUUUUGCUUCAUGUACCUUACCAAACAGGAAUGCCAAUCGCAAUUGUGGCCAGCAAGGAUGGUUACCUUUGCACACUGCUACCUUUUAAAACCAACAGAAUGCCAAUAUUUUCAUCUGUGACCAUGUCACUACUCGCUGUGAAUCAGGGGAACAUCUGGCUCUUUGAUGACUCCGUUCUGAUCACUGGCAAAACAUCUGAUGCUUCGUCUCAGCCAGUUGUCCAGUUUCCCAAGAGCCUGCUGAAUCUGACUGACAGCAGUAAUGUCACCUCCGUUAAAGCCUACCUGACCAUUCCUAAGCUGCAGUCAGAGGAGGGCAGCUUUCUUCACACGUUGGGCAUCAUGAGCAGUAAAUCAGGGUACGUCAGAGUAGAGUUGAGUCCAGUGGCAGCUGUCAGUGUGCAGCUCUUCUCAGGAGACACAGAGUUACAUGUGAGCGGGCCCAUACAGAUCAGCCUCAGUAUUCCCGACGGCCAUGAACUUCAGUCCUCAAAUGUCCCUGCGUGGUUCUUCAACCGGACCACUGGUGGAUGGAUGAGAAAAGGACUGGGAACGGUGGUGUCAGUAGAAGGAAAACACGUGUGGACAUUCACAGCUCCUCACCUUGGUUACUGGAUUGCAGCACCUUUGUCAUCCACCAGAGGUUUCUUUGGACUUGCCAUCCCCAUGGACUUCAUCUUGCACCAUUCAUCUCUCUUGAUGGUUAUCCUCGGAGGAAUGCUUGUUAUUGUCAUCUGUCUUCUGGUUAGGUUAUGGUUUUAUCGCAGAAGUUCGACCGGUGAAACUAAAAUAAAGAAGAUCCCACCAGUGAUGAGAAAAGACCAAACCACCUCCACAAGUGAAGAUGAAGUCUUUGAAUUAUCUUCAGCAGACUUCUCUCAUCCACAGGAUGGAGUGAAGCAAUCAUUUGGAGAAAAGGGGGAUAAUCGCCACAAUGCCUCUGUUAUUUCUAUGCAUAAUGGCAAUGUAAUAGCUAAUCCCAAUGCUGUGGCCAUUACGGUGGAGGGUAACGAACUGGAGCUUAACACUGACCUGAAUGAUCUGAUGUGUUUGCAUGAAGCUGCAGGUCAGAUCAGAGUACCAGCCUCUUUGACAGAUAAUUUGUUUUUCUACAACCAGCCUGUUGCCAUCCUUCACGCUCCAGCAUUCUUCCAUUUGGAGGAGCAGCCAGAGCAGCCCCAGUGGAGCAAGUCGGCCACUCUUCCCCGCACGGGGGCUGCUGCUGAGCCGCUGAGUAAAGACAGCUUCACCCAGACUCUGCCAAAAGAUCCCUCUGCCACCCAGAACCAGACAAUGGAAACUGAGGAGCAGCUCGGAGUUCUAGAGAGCUCUGAGGCAGCAACUUCUGCCAACACAUCCAGGAGUCACUUCAGCCUCCCAGAGUCAGUGUCGGUCCCUGGGACAUUAAAUAAGAUCAGUGGCAGUGGACACUCAACUCAGCCACCUCGGGCCUGGUUUGUAUCACUGGAGGGCAAACCUGCAGCUGAGAUCCAUUAUGCAGUGUCAGAGCAGCAGAGAAGGCGAAGGCCAGUCGAGAGUCGAGACACCAGCUUAGACUCUGGAGUGGAUAUGAGUGAACUGAACCAGACGUCUGGAAGAAGGGCUGUAACUCUGGAGCGCAAUGCAACUUUUGUUAAAAACACAUCUGGCACUAAACAUCAACCUCCACAAUAAAAACUCUCAACCCCUCCAUGCCCACAGCCCUUUAACUUUGUAAAUAAACUGCAUAAGUUCUAUGACACAUACUUAUUUGCUUUAUUGCUUCAUUGUUUUACAUAUUAAUAGAAGACACCAAUCCAAGUUAGGAGUAAAGGCCCAUUUCUACCAUCACAUUCCACACAGUUUGCGUAGCGGCUCUUGCACAUGUACAAAGUGUAAGCAGUCCAAAGCAGAGCAUGUUGACUAAGUCAUUGCUUUUUAACAGCCUGUCUUAUCUCCUCCCUCAACAGUAAGUUUGAACCAUUAAUAUAUCAACUAAGGGUGUCAAACCACCAGACGAAAAUCUUUUUACCCUCAAGAUUAACAGACAGACUACAGUGGCUAACUGAACAUGGCCGAAUUUUAACAAUAUCAUUUGAUUUGUAUUUGUGCAUAUUUGUUUAUGCAUGUUUUUGUGUAUAUUGUCAUGAAGUGAAUCAUUUCAUUAUAUUUUAAUACAAAAAAGACGGUGUUGAGUAUUUUUAGUAGUUUAUUAUAUAUAUUAUACAGUAUAUGUUGUGUUCAUAAUGUGGAUGACCACAGAUAAUGAGAUAGUUGGCUGGUAUUUUUUCCACUCUGUGAGUCUGUGUGUGUGUGUGUGAGUGUGAUCAUGGUGAAAUUUAGUCCUGGAGACACCGACUGUAGCAGGAACUACCACAGGAGCUGUUCUGAGUAUUUUGGCAGGUGAAUAUGUCUGUCUGUCUGUGAACAGUUUGUGUCAUCGUGAUAAUGUCACAACUGUGCAAGAUGCAGUCAGACAAAACUUUACAGGUGUGUAGUUGAAAAAAUGAAGGUCAAGCUCUAAGAUGGGUGUGACACAAGCAAGGGGGCUGGAAGUUGGGGGGGUAGGAAGUAGGUAGGGGGCCAUUGCCAAACACUUAAUGCCCCUGGACAUUCUCUUUAAGUCACAGAUCACUUUAUUGCUGCUAGGGAUGCACCAAUGUGGAUUUUUUUUCCAACUGAUACCAAUAACCUGCUUCUCAUGGCCAAUAAGCAAUAUGAUAAUUUCACAUUUUUGUAUUUUAAAAAGAAGUGUACAACUUGUUUACAUACACCUGAGGGUAAGAGAGGCUAAGAUGGAGUGAGAAAAUAUGGCUGAUUUAAUACUCUAUAGCUCUGACCUAACCAAAUCAACCUGACGUCACUAUUGCGAACACAACAAAAACAAAGAACACUUCUGACCUCUACAUAACCCCACAGUACAGAUGAACAUAAUAAAUACAAGGAUGUGAAAAUAAAAUUACUUUUAAUCAAUGUAAAAUUAAUAGUUAAUGGUAAGAGAGAGGGACAUUAGAUAGAUAGACAGAUAGAUAGAUUCUUUAUUGUCAUUGUCAUUUUCAUAACAACGAAAUUUAAAAGUGCAUCCUCUGCAGUGUAAAAGACAACAAAAAAGCUAUGUUAAGAAACAGUAACAAUAAUUUAAAAACUAUAAAAAUAGAGCUAUAAUAGGACUUUCACAUUCACUUGACGUUCCCCCAUUGCACACCCCCUUAGCAGCAGCAACAAAAAGGUACAUGUGCAUUCAUUUGUGCAAUUUGUCAUUCAGUGCGAUUAUUGCCCUGGGAUAAAAACUGUUCUUGAACUGGUUUGUUCUGGUCUUAAUUGUCCUGUAUCUCCUGCCUGAGGGCAACAGUUCAAACAGGGAGUGUCCUGGGUGUGUUGGGUCCCUGAGAGUGGUUUGGGCUCUGCUGAGACAGCGGCAACUAUAAAGUUCUUCUAGGGUGGGGAGAGGGCAAUCAGUGGUUUUCUGGGCUGUGGUGAUGACCCUCUGAAGUGCCUUCCUCUCUCGGCAUACCACACCCACACCAUAUGUGAGCACGCUUUCAAUGGAGCUGUAGUAGAAGACCACAAGCAGCUUCUGGGAGAGAUGGUUCUUUCUGAGGAGUCUCAGGAAGUAGAGUCUCUGCUGUGCCUUCUUUAUCAGCUCCGUGAUGUUGGUGCCCCAGAUCAGGUCCUCCUCCAUGUGGAUGCCGAGGAACCAAAAGGUCGAGACCCUCUCAACAUAGUCCCCAUUGAUGUAGAGUGGUUGAAUGUCCGUUUUAUUUUUCCUGUAGUUGAAAAUCACCUCCUUUGUCUUGGUGGUGUUAAGAGCCAGGUUGUUAUCACCGCACCACCUGGACAGCCGCUCUACGCUGUCCCUGUAGGCCAAUCAAUCCCCCCCAGAGAUGAGUCCGACCACUGUAGUGUCAUCAGCAAACUUUAUAAAAGUACUGCUAGGGUGGGUGGGGGCACAGUCGUAAGCAUAGAGGGUGCAGAGUCUGGGGCUCAGCACACAGUCCUGUGGUGAGCCGGUGCUUAGGCUGAGAGCAGUGGAGGUAUAGGGGCCCACUCUAACCCUCCAAACAGGAAAUCUAGGAUUCAGUAGCAGAUGGAUGGUGAGAGACCCAGUUCUGUCAGCUUGGACACCAGUCUGUGGGGAAGUGUGAAGGCCAAACAGAAAUCCGAGAAGAGCAGCCUCACAUAGCUCCCCCGCUGCUCCAGGUGGGACAAAGCAGCAUGGAGAGCUGUAGCCAUAGUGUCCUCCGUGGAUCACUGGUGUGUGUCCAGAGCCGGUGGUAGACUGGCAAUGAUGUGUCUUCCAGACCCCAACCAGCCACACCAUCGGGCCCCGACGCUUUUCUGGGGUUCAUGGCCCUCAGCUACCCCUCACCUCACUUUCCUCCGCUGUGAGUGUGUGGACGCUACUGACAGGUGGUUGUGAUGUUGCUGCAGCUCAAAGCGAGCAGCAAUUGUGCUGAAAUUAGAAAUUGGGCAAAUUAUGAAGCUCACUAUUACUGUGCAAUUCUCUGGUGUAUCAGUAAAAUGCAUGAACUACACUGCAGAAUGGAGUCUCUACUAACAAACAGUGACAGCUGACUCACAUGAACUGGCUGAAUGCGGACUGGCAGGUCUUCGUUACAUCAGCACGGUGGUGCAUUGGUUAGCAUUGUCGCCUCACAGCUAGAGGGUUCCUGGGGUGGGGGAGGCCCUCUGUGCAGAGUUUGCAUGUUCUACCAAUGUCAGUGUGAGUUUUUUCCAGGUACUCCAGCUUCCUCUGUAAGGAAAUUGCUCAACUUCAGCAAACACUGAAAUGAAGAGACUCGGAGAACCACGGAGAAAAGUUACAGCCAACGGGAUUACUUUACUUGCAGAAUACACUCAGCAACACAAGGACAUAGCAGAAACAGCAAAAAACAGCCCCGCUUAUUCAACUUCCAAAUGCCUUUAUACUAUUUGAGCGUGCAUGUGUCAUAUAGAAUAAUACAUUAUCUGCCUCUACACCUCCCACAGUCCAAAGACAUGCAGGUUAAUUGGCGACUCUAAAUUGCCCAUAGGUUCUCAUUGUAGGCCUAUACAAAGUAUAUCAGUUAGCAGCAGUUGUGAGGAGGCUGUGGACUGGAAUAGAUAUCUAUUAAAAAUCUCUAAAUAGCCUCUCUGACAUUAAUAAUUGGGCGAUAUAACCUUAAUCAAUGUUUCAGAGAGCAGGGAGAUGAUUUAUUCUUGUUCAUGGGAAAAAUAAAACUACCAUCACACAAUGGGCCGGAUCUACUAAGAUCCCAAUUUGCCUGUACUAAUUUGCCUGCACAAUCUAGAAUUUUGCGCGUGGGGCUGAACCGCGGUUUGCGGGUGAUUUACUAAGAGUGAUUGCGUAAAUGACAAGAGGUGCAAACGUGUUGGAGACACCCUAUUUAAAUGAGGGUUUUGCAUGUUUUAUGGUUUGCAGCAUGGCGAGUUUGGAGAGAAAGCACAAAGUGAAAUUUGACCCUAUGGAAUAAGAGGUGUUGGUAGAUGAGGCCAAUAAACAUUUAAAUGAGCUACAGCAAAGAAACCUGACUGUCUCACAAAGGAGCGCUAUAUCACUAGGACCGCCAGGAUUACAGCGCCCCUCCAAGCGCUGCAAUGUCUUACAUAACUUCAUUGUUUAUGCUGCCUGUGUGCUCAGAAGCACACAAAAAUGCAUUUUUUUGAGUAAUUUCCGAUAAGUUAUGAUAAAAUAAAAAAAUUACAAAGUAUAGAAUAGGACUGACAACCUCUCCAGUGUCUCAUGUCAAUUAAUUAGGCCUAACACUACUAUUUGUCUUUUUUUUUUUUUUUUGCUGCUGCGCUGCUGCUGCGCCUUGUCUCCAGUUAAAAGUGGCUUUGCUAAAUACAUCGUACAAUAAUAAAUUAGAUUAAAUUGGUCUUUAAUAUUGUUGGCUACAAUACGCAUUUUAAGAAUAAAAGAAAUAAACACCGAAAUAAUUAGUGGAAACUUUUUUUUUUAUUGAUAAUCCUCCUCUCUGACACACACACACACACACACGCACACACACACACACAUUGAACUCGCAAUUGAAUGAAUGAAUGAACAUUGGAAGCCG